CUCAAUAGUUGGUCUGCCAACCGCCACAAAGCACCACAGGAAGAAGAAGAAGAACAACAACAAAGCAAGCAGUCUUUUUUCUUUGGGUUCGGACUCGCUUUUCAUUUAGAAAAAUGUAACCGAAACCAGAGGACAUUUGGCCGUCCGGAGGCUUGUAGAGAGCAGCAGCCUAUCAGAGAAAGACAAACUACUGUCAUACGGGUUUUUGUUGGUGGAUUUUGGGAGCUAAGUUAGCUGUAAGGUUAGCUUCACUGUGGGUUAGCUUCUCUCUACUGUCUCCAUAAAGGUCAAUAUAGAUUAUAAAACGCCCAAAAAUAAACCUCACACUUCGUCACCUCUUAACUGUCGGAGAUGGGAAGCCUGGCCAGCAAGUUCCAGUCCCCCUCGCAGGGACAAGAGGAAGCAGCCGAGGGCACCGGCGGCAGCCGGAGACAUGGGUCCGAGUGCAAGAAGAGGAAGCGGAACACCAAGUGCGACUGCGACAGUGAACAUGAUGAAGAAGACGACAUGCUAGAUACGCCUCGCAGGAAGAAGUUGAAAAGCACCUCAAAGUACAUUUAUCAGACCUUGUUUAUAAAUGGAGAAAACAGUGAUAUUCGUAUCUGUGCUUUAGGCCAGGAGUGGAACCUCCACAAAGUGUAUCUUUGUCAGUCUGGAUAUUUCUCCAGCAUGUUCAGCGGCUCUUGGAAGGAGUCCAACAUGAUGGAAAUCAACUUGGAGAUCCCCGACCAGAACAUUGACACUGAAGCUCUGCAAGUCGUCUUUGGGUCUCUCUACCGGGACGAUGUUCUGAUCAUGCCCAACCGGGUGAUCAGUAUUCUCGCUGCUGCGUGCAUGCUACAGCUGGAUGGCUUGAUCCAGCAGUGCGGUGAAACCAUGAAGGAGAACAUCAGCGCGAAGACUGUGUGUGGCUACUACGCUUGUGCGAGCAUCUAUGGGUUGGAUUCAGUCAUGAAAAAAUGUCUUGAGUGGCUUCUAAACAAUUUGAUGACCCAUCAAAAUGCUGACUUGAUGAAAGAACUUGGGUCUGAAGUGAUGGAGCUGCUCAUCCAGUCCUCAGACCUAUUUGUCAUGCAGGUAGAGAUGGACGUAUACACUGCUCUGAAGAAGUGGAUGUUUCUGCAGCUCAACCCUUCGUGGGACGGACCAAUCAAGCAGCUUCUUGCCGAUGCUGACGCUUGGCUUUGCAAACGCAGGACAGACCUGUGCGAAAAGGAGCCAUUCUUAAACACGGAGGAAGGGGUGGCGUUUCGCUCAGUCUUCAAGCUUGUACGUCUCCAGUACAUCAUUAACGAUCUGGCAUCUGCACGCAUCCUGGAGCGAGACAAUAUUCUGCCCCCUGAGUGGCUAACGGCGAUGUACAAAAACCAGUGGUUCGCUAUGCUCCGGACAGAAUUUGACAAUGAUAAUGGACCUCAGGAGUCUAACAAAGAUGAGUUUGAGCAGAACAGCAUGAGGUGUGGCCGGAAGCUGACUAAAGAUGGAGAUUACUGCUGGCGGUGGACGGGCUUCAACUUUGGGUUUGACCUGUUGGUCACUUACACAAACCGCUUUAUAGUCUUUAAAAGGAAUACACUCAGUCAGCCAUGUGGGGGCGCUGUGAGUCUACAAGCGCGAAGGCAUCUGGCUUACAGGUUACGUCUGGCCUCCUUUGAUAGCCGAGGGAAGCUGGUCUGCAGCCGUUCUACGGGUUACCAGCUCCUCACCCUGGAGAAGGACCAGGAGUACGUGGUGAUGAACCUGGACAGCCGCCUGUUAUCAUUCCCCCUGUAUGUGUGCUGUAACUUCCUGUACACGUCGCCUCAUUCAGACCACCGUCCAGAUUCCUCGGAGCCAGAGAGCGCCGCCCGCGCCGCGUCCUGAUAUCUGUCCAACCAGCAUUUAGCUGCUACCAUUCCCGUGGCGACAAGGAGUCGUUCGCCCAAAGACUACGUGCUGCAAGGCACCAGAGCACUGGACUCCUCUUGCACACACGGACUGCAUGCUUGUAGCUUUGUGGAGUGUGGGGGCGUUUGUUGCAUCCAUACGGGCAGUAUUUUUAGCACAUUUUGAAUUUUUUUUUCACAGAGCAAACCGUUCAGAAGGGAUCAGACCACCUUUUUGUCUGCAAUGAGCUUCAUCGUCUUCCUUUGCCAUGAAUCGUCUGCAUUGUGUGCUGGACCACUAUAUAGAGUUUAAGAACCUCAGGUUAUGGUGAUGGAGAUAUCUGUUAAGAGUUUUUUUUUUUUAGUUAUGUUUAAUACCUUUUUUUUAUUAUUUAAAGGUUUGGAUUAUACCAUUGAAAAAAUAACAGGGACAAUGUGAUGAGGCAUCAGUGCACGUUUUAAACAGGAUCGUCAUAUAUCAGACACUCCUCAAGCCGUCUCAUUGUCUUCAUAGUGAUGGUCCAGAUUUACUCUGGCAAACAUGAAUUCUGCUUUUAUUAAAAUAUAAAUACAUAUUUUAUAGAAAGAUUAUAGAAUCUGCUUCACGUGUGACAUUAGGCAGCCAGCGUAAAGAAAACUGUUCAAUAUGAAGACGAUGAGGAUAAGAAGAUGCUUCUGAAGGAGAUUUUUUUUUCUUCUAUUUUAACACUUUUUAAAACUCUAGCUUGUGUCUUUGUUUAGUUUUCCAACAAAGCAGCUUCCCGUCUACGCCUCAGAUUUAUGGAAGCAUCAUCAAGUCCAGACAGAUUUCUUUCCAAUCUCUUCUGUGGCAGAUCGUUGAGAUCGUACUCGUGUCCGAUCUUUGAUUCCAUCUUCACGAGGUUCUGUUUCGUUUUUUUCCCCCUGAAACUACGCUUUUUAUUUCCACAGGUUUCCUGCAGUGUUGGUUUCCUGCACUCUCACUAGAUGUUCAGUCAGGCCCCUGAUGAGGGAGUUACGACUGUUUUGAGUUACUCGAGUUAAAAUCUUCCCCGCUAAUGGAAACAUGUAGCUGAGCAUUUACCUAAAUCUGUGCAUUUACCUUUUCUGUCUGCUUUCGUUCAGGUAAUCUGUUCACUUCCUGUUUGGAUAUGUUGUAAACUUGUCGUUACCUCCAAAACGUUUUGAGAAGCUGGUGGAUUCUCAGUUGUAAAUGAGAUGUAUUUUAACUCCUCUGCAUCUCUGGCAAACUUUGUACAGCCGUCCUCAUGUAAAAAAAAAAAAAAAACAUUGUUAAACUUGUUUCUUUUUGGGUUUUAUUUUAUUUUUAUGGAUGUUUUAUGUUUUGCAAAAGAGAUCUCUUCACUGCCAAUAAAACUGGCCUUUUAUACGGGCUGUGGUGCUAUAACACAAUC